AUGGCCGCCAACGCUGAAGACCUCUUCAUCCGACCCCUCAGGGACGUGGUCGCGGCCGGGAAUGUCGCUGCCACGAACGCCCCUCAGCAGAGCCCCGGGUCCGCCGACCAUGUCGAUCCCAUGUCAAGGGCCGCACAGGCCCUCAUUCGGGAAGGAGAGCGGGCGCUGAACAAGGUGCAGCUAGUUUGGCGUGACCAGGUUAGCAGGUAUGGCGAUGCCUUCCGCGACCUCAUGGUGCAGCAAGCCUCCAUCGAGAAGAGGCGGCUGCAGCUCGAGGAUCUCCUCUGGGACUUCGACGACUUUACGCACCCGGAUGAGUUUGAUCAAGCAAAAUAUGCAGCCCUACAGGCCGCCACCAAAGCCUUUGCUCUUGACGUUGUCGAAACGGCAAAACGGUUAAAGCUCGAGACAACAACGCCGGCGAUCCCACCUGGGGGGUUCCCUCCCUUGCCUCCCCUCCCAAGUCGGCCGGAGGGACGGUCUGGCCAUAGUUCUCGCCCGUCUUCUACCCGUUCUAUCCGCCCACGAGCCCAGUCCAGAGCGGGAGCCGCCCAGGACGAGGGCAAUAACCAUGUCCAUUACGAGAGCAGCGAGCCCAUGCCCCACGGCCCCCGGCUAGGCACGCGGUCGUCCUCCGGCUCGGUGUAUCGGCGAGACAGCGUGGAAGCAGAUGUGCGAACUGCAACAACAAACCGGCAUGCUCGGAGCCAAUCCGCUGCCGCACAUGGGCCAUAUCAGCCCCAGGACGCGUUCACACCUCCCGCUUCACCUGGCAUUGGCCCGGUAGGGUCACAUCCCCAUGACCUCGCCCUCAAUACCUCGGUGCGGCCGAGGACAUUCGACUCGGCCCCCAGCCCAAGCACCACCACUCACACCCGGACCUCGGUCAUGUCAAAUACCAGCUCAUCUUCGUCCGCCCUACUCGGGAGUCUGGACUCCCUCGUCAUUGCUGAGGAUUCCAGUGAGCAGGGCUGGCCGGCUUCCCGCGAGUCGGCAAUCACCAUGACCAACACUCGCUCGUCGGAAAACAGCAGCGUAGAGGAGCCAGGUUUGAUCGGACUAGAUGCGUUGCUCAAGGAAUCAGGCUUCAAUAGCGAACGCCGCAAAUCGAGGCCGGCGAGCCCUCGCAUCCCAGAUUGCGACAUACGCCAAGACAGCACAUAUUACAAACUGAGGGGGCUCUGUAAGGGCGCAACCAAGUUCAGAAAGGACGGUAACUGGGACAGUAUCAAGCUCAUCAACGAGGAUGAGUACGGUGCCGGGGCGACCGGGGCCGGAGAUAUGAUGCGCGCGUCUGACGGGAUCACAGUCCCGUUCCAGUACGAAACAGCCAAGGUUGGAGCAUGCGGAGACUGCGGGUAUGCCCAUGAUCUCGAUGAGGUGGAGCUUGACAUGACCGGUAAUGCCGAAGCGGUUCGAUCUUCUGAAUCCGGCGCCCGUUACCGACUCCGGCUCCUCUUCAAAUCCCACCUCCGACAGGGCAACAGCACAGAAACGUUGUACGCCUGUUUGUGGUGUGUCCAAGCAGGCACCACGACCAGGGAGGGGGACGCAACUGUAUUCCGGUCGGCGAAAGAUCUCCUGCGUCACCUCACGCGCCACCCGCAACCACUCCCCAUAAUAUCCGGCAUCUUCACAUGUUACGGACCGCUUCCGAACUCGGUCCCGCAAGAUUUCGACCUGCACCUACCUGAGACCCCGGCCCCCGUGCCCAUGCCGGAGAACGUGGCGAGGCUGGCGACGGCAGUGGCGGUAAAGGACCACUACCGCCGCCCCGGGCGCGGGAAGCUCGACAAACCGCCCAAGUAUGACGCGGACAUGCUCGAGUUUAUGGAGGGCGCGCGCAUUGUAGGGAUCAUCUUUCCGGAGAAAUGGGGAGGAAAAUACUGUCUAGGGCGCCAUGACGGCGAGUUCGGGGCGUUCCCGGCGAAGGUCAUCGAGCUCCGAGAGCCCCAGGAGACGGAGAUUCCGAUCGGCGGAGAGAACGGGAUGAGUGCGACGGCGAGGUGGAAGUGGCAGCCGCCAGCUACAGCGGGGUCGCCGUGGCUUUCGUUUGGGAAGGGAGAGGUGAUUACAAACGUGCAAUGCCUCUACGCGGACUAUUGGUGUUGGUCUGGCACGAACAGCAAGGGGAAGACAGGCGUUUUUCCACAGUCAUAUAUCGACCUGCAAACUCUCCGCGGGCAGGAGCCUAAGCCAGAGAAGAAGAGCAGGGGGCGCAGUUUCUUCGGAUCUCGGUCUAAGGGGGAGUCAUCGUCAAAAGCUCAUAGAAACUCGGUUGCGUCGUAG